AAAAAAUUUAAGCUUGAGGGCACCAGGCUUGACCGCAGACAUCAAGCAGCGGCGUCUUUGCUUCGACGAACCCAAUUGCUCGUUCCUUUUGUUCCUCUCCGCUCGCCUUGGUUUCCUCCCCUUCUCCGUGCACCCUCUGGUCUUGAUUGGGCGAUCCGCCGUCGCCGCCAUUCUCCCCGCAAGCGGUGUGACUGGUCUUGGGAGGCGACUGGCUUCGGCACCACUGAGGUUGACUGUACGUCACGCUCCGAACAGGCCCGCAGUGGACUCUGUGGACAAAGUCGUCUGACGCUUUUCAAUUGACCCAGCUCGACCUGCCGGAAGCUCUGCACUUUCCACCGAAACAAAGACGCACAAAAUGCUGUGCGUCACCCGCCAACGAGGCGCGACCUCUGCGUCUCGAGCCGUUCGCCGAUUCCUACCCUUCUCCGCGACAGCUUGCGGUCGACAAGUCGUAGUCCGCGCAGGAGCAGCCGCUUUGCAGACCCGCCAAUAUGCCGCGGUGGACUCGUCCAGCUCGGCUCGGUCUGCUGUCAUCAGCGUGCUGAGCAACAUUGGCUCCAAGCGAGAGAUCCAGCAGUAUCUGGCGCAGUUCAGCUCCGUGGCUUCACCGCAGUUUGCCGUUAUCAAGGUCGGCGGUGCGAUCCUGACGGACCAUCUAGAAAGCUUGUGCAAUGCCUUGUCGCAACUCUACCACAUGGGCUUGUAUCCUGUCAUCGUCCACGGUGCAGGACCACAGAUGAACAAGAUCCUGGAAGAUGCAGGGAUUGAGCCAGAGUAUGAGGAGGGCAUCCGGAUCACAGACGAGAAAACGCUGGGGAUCGCUCGCAAGCUGUUUUUGGAAGAGAACCUCAAGCUUGUUCAGGCGCUGGGCGACCGAGGCGUCCAGGCGUGGCCCAUCACUUCGGGCGUGUUGACGGCAGACUUCUUGGACAAGGACAAGUACAAGCUUGUUGGCAAGAUUACGCAUGUCAACAAGAAGCCCAUCGAGGCCGCUAUUGCCGCUGGUUGCUUGCCGGUGCUCACCUCCAUGGCGGAGACAGUAAAUGGUCAGGUUCUCAACGUCAACGCCGACGUGGCAGCAGGCGAGAUCGCGAGAGCCAUCGAACCGCUGAAAAUCAUAUACACAUCAGAAAAAGGUGGCCUGUUCCAUGGAGUGACCAGAGAGAAGAUCUCCGCAAUCAACCUGGACGAGGAAUACGAGGAUCUUCUGAAGCAGCCAUGGGUCAAGUACGGCACGCGACUAAAGAUAAAGGAGAUAAAGGCACUGCUGGAUGAUCUACCAAAGUCUUCAAGCGUUGCUAUCAUUCACCCAGACCACCUGCAACGCGAGCUCUUCACCGACACUGGCGCUGGCACGUUGAUUCGACGGGGCACAAAGUUAAACACCGCAACAUCACUCAAAGAACUGGGAAAUCUGGACAACCUUAAGCAGGUCCUCGUCCGUGAUCGAGAAGGGCUUGACGCGCGCGCAGUCGUCGACCGAUACGUUAAUGACCUAAGAUCCAAGCCUUUCAAGGCGUACUUCGACGAGCAUAUGGAUGCACUAGGUAUAGUGCUUCCGCCACAGGGCAACUCGUCUAUCGCUCACCUGGCGACCUUUACCGUUACCAAGUCAGGCUGGCUAACCAACAUCGCGGACAACGUGUUCCAGAACCUGAAGAAGGACUAUCCCAAACUUAUGUGGACCGUUAACCAGAACGACGAGAACCUAACUUGGUUCUUCGACAAGGCUGAUGGCAGCGUAGCAAGGGAUGGCGAAGUUUUGUUUUGGUACGGCAUUGAAAGCGUCACCGAAGUUGGCGAACUCAUGAAGGAGUUUGUCCAGCACGGUCGUCGCAUGUUUGGGGACAUUAACCUCGAAUCCCAGCUUCAUCGCGCCGCAAACGCGGCUGCGAGGAUACGGGAGACUGCAAACGCUCAACGAGCUGAGAGGGCACAGGCGGCAGCAUCUUAUCAUACCAUCGCGCAUCCUUCUUCUGGCUUCCAUUCCAACGUGCGCGGCACCAAUGGCUUAGCUUUCCAGAGUAAGAGAGCAGGCAUCCGACAGAGAGCGGCAAACGUCCUUACUAGGGGAUAUGCCACAACGACCAACCCCAAUCCCCCUUUCGGCAACAAGCAGAAGAGUCGCGAUUGGCCUGCAAAAGUUGCGCUCAUUGGCGCACGUGGGUACACUGGACAGGCACUCAUCGAACUGCUCAAUAACCACCCGAAUAUGGAUCUGCGACACGUCUCAUCUCGUGAGCUUGCGGGUAAAAAGCUAGAGGGCUACAACAAGCGUGAGAUCACGUACGAGAACUUGACGCCAGACGAUGUUCGACGAAUGGCUGAGAAGGGUGAGAUCGACUGCUGGGUCAUGGCUCUUCCUAAUGGCGUGUGCAAGCCAUACGUAGACGCCAUCGAUGCCGCUGGCAAGGAGGAUACUCUUGUAAUCGACCUGAGUGCGGACUACAGAUUUGAUGACCGCUGGACAUAUGGUCUUCCCGAGCUAGUGGAUCGUUCAGCGAUUGCUAGUGCCACUCGUAUCUCUAACCCAGGAUGUUACGCUACCGCCGCUCAAAUCGGCAUCGCUCCGAUUUUGGAAUUUAUCGGCGCUGAACCUACCGUCUUUGGCGUGUCCGGAUACUCUGGUGCAGGCACGAAGCCGAGCCCUAAGAACGACGUGAAGCUGCUCACCAACAACCUCAUGCCAUAUAGCUUGACGGAUCAUAUUCACGAGCGUGAAAUAAGCAAGCAGCUGGGCAGAUCUGUGGCUUUCAUCCCACACGUUGCGGUCUGGUUCCAAGGUAUCCACCACACGAUCAAUAUUCCGCUCAAACAAGAGAUGAAGUCCCGCGACAUCCGACAGCUUUACCAGGACAGGUACGCCGGCGAAAAGCUGAUCAAGGUUGUGGGCGAGUCGCCUCUCGUCAAAAACAUUGCUGGUAAGCACGGUGUCGAGGUUGGCGGGUUUGCGGUACACUCCAGCGGAAAGAGGGUCAUUGUCAAUGCAACGAUCGACAACUUGUUGAAGGGUGCGGCAACGCAGUGCUUGCAGAACAUGAACUUGGCGCUUGGUUACGGCGAGUACGAAGGCAUUCCCCUAGAUUGAGUGGGAACCCUUUUGCAUUCGGAAAGUCCGCGCUGGCGUUAUCCCGGAAAGAAGAGUUGUUUCCCAAAAAAAAAGCACCAUUUUGUUUUCUUUGAAAAGAGUGGCCAAAGGCCUCAUUAAUAUACAUGUAUCGUCUCCUCCAUGGAGAAGAGGUCAUAUUACAUGUAUAGUGUGCGAGUAUUUUAGAGCAAAUAACACAUAACAGGGCCAACGCUGGCAUUUUUUUUUGUACCAACUUUUUUUUGGGGGGGGGGAGGAGAUAUAUUUCUCCACCUUCUUUCGAUAUGUACUCUGGAUCCAACGCUCCUGUAGCCUUUCCACC